AAAACUAAAGUUACUUGCCAACUCUGAGUCUUUCUUACAUAUUUGUUUAAGCAUUCUUCAAUGGACAUGGAGACAUUUCCCACCAGCAAUGUGGCUGUGCAGACAAUGAUUUGCUCAUUGCUGCUUCAAACUGCUCAAAAAUCUCUUCUUUCUCUUCUCUUCAUGAUUGAGUUUCUAAGCUUGUACCCGGACCUCGUUGGAGUAGAGAGGAGGUUUCCUUUUGGUGAGCUUAAAAGAGCAACGGUGCCAGAUAAUGAACCCAAGGAUUCAAGUGAAACUGAUGAUGAUGAUGAUGAACAUGAAGACACCGAUAAUGAUGAAGAGGAUGAUGAUGAAGGAAGUGAGGAUGAUGACGAUGAUGAUGAAGAGGAUUCUGAUGGAGAUGAUGCUGAUGCAAAUGAAGGGAGUGAUGAUGAUUCGGAUGACGAAGAUGAUGAUGGUGAUUCUGAUGAUGACGAUGAGGAUGAUGAAGAGGAGGAGGAUGACGAGGAAGAAGAUAAUCAACCACCAUAUAGGAAGAUAAAAUGAAAAGAUCUUACUAAAAUUUCCAGAAUUCCUAGAAUUAGUUGAUAGAAAUGAUCUGUUCUACAGAUUCUAUGAGAUUUGGAUCAAU